GUAUGACAACAACCCAUCACGGUGUUCGAAAUAUGUGCGUAGUGACAUAGGAUUGGACAAAACGAACUGUCGGAACCAGUUUUAACCCUAUAUUUGGGGCAUCCCCUCAUUUUAAUAUCAAAUCUACCGAAACUACUUCGUUGAAGAUGUCUGAAAAUUUCGCGUUGGCCGUUCGUACGGACAGUGGUACUAAUGUUUAUCAACUGACCUAUGACAUAUCAUGGGAAAACUUUGAGGCCAUGAUAAAAUGCGUUUUGGAUCAGGAUAAAAUCCGUAUUAAAUACGUUGACGAAGAAAACGACGAAAUUUACAUGAAUAGUGAUGAAGAACUAGCUGUAGCUAAGACCAUUGCCAAGAAAUCUGGUGAUACAAUGAAUAUUACUGUAGAGAAAGUCAUAGAGACACCAGAUGUACCAGAGUCUCCUACGAUGGCCACAGAGCCACUUGUAGCCUCUGAAUUUGAAGAGUUGAUUCCUGUUGAUGAUAAUGAUAAUAAUAAUGAUGAUUAUGAUGACGAUGAGAUGGAGGUGAUGGAGAUUGUAGGUGAGAAGGAGAGAUCACAUCAGGAGAGUGAAGGCCCAAAGAGUGUGCCCAGGGUUUCUCGUUAUAAACUCAGAAAAACUAAACAUAAGCGUAAGAUGAACUAUUACGCUGCUUUAGCUGAGGAGGUCGGAAAAUCGCGAGCUGAUAAACCUAAACCAGCAACGGAACCAGAGAGUGAAGGAAAUCAUGUUGCUCAAACGCAAACUAGUAUUGAAUGUGCCGAAGAAGUUGUUGAACCACCUCCAAAGUGGUUUAAAAGUGAGAUAAAAAAGAUGGUACCACAGAUAGUGCAAGGUGUCUUGAAAGGUCUAAAUGGUGCUGUCAUUGAGUCAAUACAUGGUACUAGUGGUCAGCCACAGAAUGUCCCUCCACAGACGCCAUCAGUUGCACCAACUGAUGUGCCUCCAGAAAAGACUGAGGGUGCUGCAGCUGCACCACUUUACUGUCAUGUUGGCAUUAUCUGUGACCACUGUGGACAAACAAUUGUCGGUAUACGCUACAAAUGUGGAAACUGUGCUGAUUUUGACCUGUGUGAGCAGUGUGAAGCAAUUGAAGGUAUACAUAAUGAUACCCAUGUGUUGCUGAAGAUGAGACGACCAGCCAUAGGGGCUGGUAGAAAAGAUGGUGUACUUCAUCCAUUACUCAAUGAUAUUAUUUACAAAGAGACUGUUGACCUACCUAUAUUCAAGUCACCAUGGUGGCAGAGAAAACUACAACAAGUUGAAAAAGAGUGUGAGAAAAAAGUUGAGAAAGCUGCAAGAAUGGCUGAAAAAGCCGAAAGAAAAGCUGAGAGAAUGAACCGCAGAGGAUGUGAUAAAAUGAAAGAUAAAACAGAGAAAAAAAUAGAGAAGAUGAAAGAGAAGUUUGAGAGAAGAGAAGAAAAGAUGAAGAGGCGUCUAGAAGGAAAAGAUACUUCGAUGCCAAGUAAAAAAGAAAAAGUUGAUGAUGAUGGUAGUACAGAAGGUCUUGUAGGCGCUUCAUAUACCAGACUUUUGGAUAAAAUGGAUGCUGUGUUUGUAAGAGAUGGUAAUAUACCAGAUGACACCCAUGUACAGCCAGGUACUAAGUUUGUCAAACAUUGGGUUAUGAGUAAUCGGGGGACGCAACCAUGGGACUCUGAUACACGGUUGAAGCUGUUGUGGGGUAGCAUUGAUAUAUUAUGUAGUCCUGAGAUGAAUGUGCCACCAGUAGCACCAGGCAAUGAAGGUUCUGUUAGUGUUGAGUUUGAAGCACCCACUACCCCAGGACAUUAUCAGAGUCAUUGGCGUAUGUGUCAUAAAGACAAGGAGUUUGGACAUCGUGUCUGGUGCUCCAUCAUUGUAGAUGAACCAGAAGUGCUGGAACCAAGCAUCAAAGAUGAAGUGAUUCUAGUCAGAGAGGUUCUGGAUGAUCUAACAGAUAAAGUAGAACAGGAAGAAGAGAAAGCUGUGGAAGCAGGGGAGACUGUUGAAGAAGCCAUUGAUGAAGUGAUUGAAAAGCACAUAGAGAAACACAGAGAGAAGAAUGAGGCACCCUCUACUGACGUUCAACACGAUGAUGAAAAUCCUGAACCAAUACAGCAACUAACAGAGCAAGAUUUGUUGACCUUUGAACUAUUAGACAUCAAUGAAUCCAACACACCAAAUAAUACACCCAGUGAUUUAACGCCAAGGAUCUCUCCACUACCAUCACUAGAUGGACUUUUACUACAGCAACAGAUAUCCAGGUGCAGUUCUAAUAGUAGUAGCAGUCUUAGUGUGGAGAUCAUUGACUCACCUGAUGCAGAGAAUAUGGUCACAGAGGCAAUACAACACCUGGAAAUCACAGAUGAAGCUGGUAUAGAAGAUGAGACUGCGAGUAUAUUAAGCCAGAUAUCUAAUGAUACAUUGGAUGAUUUCUGUGUUGUACCAUUACCAGAUUGCUUUAAUACUGAUUUACCAUUAACCAAAUCCAUAUCUGAUGCGGCUACUGAAAACGAGAGUACAUUCAGUGAGUGUGAUUCAGUGGAGAUGGAGAGACAGAGUGUUGAUGACAUUCUUGCUACUUCACAUACGAAUACUCAGCAGGAACCCCUUAUACCAGUUACAUUGACAAGCAAUGCUGCUUCUACCGUUGUCUCAACCAUAACUGUUGCUAUCAGUCCAGCGAGCACUACUUGGACUAUGUCAGGGGAAACCCACCCAGUAGAGGAACAAGAUAAAGAGGAGAUUCAUUCCCAAAAUGUGGAAGAGUUGACAUCCUCUGAGGGUGAUGCACCUAAUGGGGCAGAGGAUGAACCAGAGGGUGCUUCUGCAACUGUUGAUGUAGAUGACCAGAAAAAGGAGACAAGAGAAGAGACGAUCCCAGACCAUACUGGAUGGGAAGAGAAUACAUCAUCAGACAACCUUGAUAGAGAAGAACCAUCAUUUGAUCCAGUUCGUGCUAUGGAGUAUGCUGGAGGAUUGGCCGUACAAGCAUUUAGUGCAGCUGCUGGCACGGCUAACAAUGUGGUACAUGCAAUAUUUAAUCAGAAAGUACCACCAAGACCAGAGUGGCCCAAACAAGACGGUAAGAAUCCACCAAGUGCCAUGGAGCAGCUUAUUGACAUGGGAUUCUGUAAUCGACAAUUCAAUGCACAGCUACUUGAAAAACAUCACAACAAUUUGGAACGAGUGGUGCAGGAACUCCUAAAUGAGAUGGACAAUGAGUGGUCCAACAAUAGACAUUAGAUGCUUCAUAUAUCCCUGUAUUGUUAUUGUUAAUGCAUUGAAUUCUACCAUUCUACCAGACUGGGAAGGGUAGCUGUCAUUGUGGCUCCAAUAGUUUAUUUCAAGUUAUGAUACAAAUUUUCGUACCCGUAAUACCGCAUACAUCUGGAAUAUUAUUGAGAUAUUAUUAAGAUUUGUCUACUUAGAACCAUAUAAGGAUUUCUAAAAAUAAGAAAAAACUUAAUCUGGGCUAGCAAUUGAAUCAAGUCAGAGUAUUCUUAUUUGUUCAAAUUAUUAAAAUUUGUUUAGACACAGAUUGAAAUUUUGAAAUUACUUGCUGUUGCUUAUCUUUUAAACAAGAUAUUUGUUUUUUUGGUUUUAACCUAACUGGAAACCAUAAUUCAUGUUAUAUUAGUUUUUCAAUAUAUUAAUACAUAUUCAUUGCAUACAAGUCUACAUAUUGGGUACACUGUUUAGUUUUGCUGCUACAUAUUUUGAUAGUGAUUAUAAAUAUCAUACUCAAAACUUUGUAAUAUUGUGCAUGAGUGUCUUGUACUAAUAUUACAUAUAUUUCAGCUUUUUACCUCAUAAUGAUUGUGAUUUGACCCAAAUAAUGCUUCCUUUGUAUUCAGGAUUGUGUUCAGUGUAUGCAAAAAAUAUUCACUAAUGAAACAAAUUAAGUUUCCAUAGUUACCUGGUCUAUUUUAAACUCUGCAUAGGUCAAAUAAACAAUUACUGUCACCUACUUUAGAGUUUACCAUUUGAGAGCAUGUUUGUUUA